AUGUACGAUUCUGUAAAAAGCAUUAAAGAUUCUGUUGCAUAUUGUAAAAAAGAUUACAACAAAUGUGACAAACACAAUCGAAAACUAGUUGAUAGAAAUGAUCCAAGAUAUAAAAUUAAAGGUGCUGGUCUUGAAACAGUUGAUCCAGAAAAUCCAGAAAAUAAAAUUUUGCUUAAAUAUUUUAAUAGCUUAUAUGAAGAAGUUUUGAUUAAUGAAUUCAAAGAUCAGAUCAAAUAUUUAGAACUUUUAAAUUUACUUGAUCCAAAAGACUAUAGCGUCCAAAUAAAAGGUCAUGAAAAUGAAAAUUUUUGUUCUAAAGUGAUUAGAUUUUCUGCUAACACAAAUGUUAGAUUUAUUUAUGAUUUUUGUAAAGAUGAGAAAUUAAAACCUAUAUCAGAACAGAAAUUUAAUAAUACAAAAUUAUUUGAAAAAACAAGAAAAAUAUUAGAAAAAAAGUAUGGUAGAUUUGAAGAAUUAGAUAAUUGA